GGCAUAUGUCAAGCUCGGUCGUGGUUCUUGUUUGUUGACCUUCAACGCUGUCUUUAGUAAAAUAGAGGUCAACUCGUGUGGCUCGUCCUGCCGACCUGCCCGAAUGAGAACAAACGUUGUUCCACGUCGUGCUAUCAUUUAUCACUUUACAGCCGAUAUUUGUAGUUAACAGUGGUUGUUUCAUCCGAUUUUCCGAAUCGCUGUGCAAAUGUUAAAUUUUACCUUAAUAUAAAUAUUUGUGUAUUCAUAGUGUGUUUUGUGCGUUCUCCUCUUGAUGCGCAUAUUGUGGAAGUUUCAGAAAAGAACUGAAAAUAUGGCAGAGUACAAUAUAUUAAAUCAUGACUCUGAACAAAUAAGAGUUCUAACUGUGAAUAACGGAGAACAUCUAGAUGGAAUAUUAUAUAAAUUAAAAAAAGGAUGGAAGGUUGAAUUUAGACUUGGAGCUUCCCUUCUUGGACAGACACUUGAUAUUUUUAUGAACUACCCGUUAUUGGCUGAAAAGAAAUUUGAAAGGCAUACUUACUAUCAAUUGCCAUGGGUUGAUGAGUCGGCGACUGUUCAUUUGACUCUACCUGGUUCCUACCAUUAUUACGUCACUGAUAAAGUCAAGGGUGGUGCACCUGCGCCUUGUCCUUUCCAAAUAAAACCUAUCGCGUCUGGAUACUUGCUGGUGGAUCCUGAGUUGAAAGUAGGCGAGAACGAGGAGGAUCUACCUCUGGAUUGUAUUCAAAUUCAAACAGUCUUGGCAAAGUGUAUGGGACCUUUUUUCACUUGGGAAGAUAAAUUACUGGUAGCUCGAAAUUCUGGAUACAACGCGCUCCACUUUACACCAAUUCAGGAAUUAGGACAGUCUAACUCGUCGUACAGUUUGAGCGAUCAGAUGAAACUCAAUCCUUCUUUUAACGACAACAACAAGAUAAUUACAUAUCACGACGUUGAACGAUUUGUUAACAAAAUGCGAACCGAAUGGAAGAUGUUAAGUAUAUGCGAUAUCGUUCUGAACCAUACAGCGAAUGAGAGUCCUUUCCUAGUUUCUCAUCCGGAGUGUACAUAUAAUUGCGUGAAUUGUCCUCACCUACGUCCGGCCUACAUUUUGGACGCAGCGUUAUUUGAAUUAUCGAUGCAGAUUGCUGCUGGCGAUUGGGAGUUCAAAGGUAUUCCUGCCGUAGUCGAGACUGAGGAUCAUUUAAAUUCGAUACGUCACGCCCUCCACACGCAUUUCUUGCCGCUCGUAAAGAUACACGAAAUUUACACAGUAGACAUUCACGAGAUCAUAGCGGAAUUCUUGAGCUUGGCGCGCAACGAAAUGCCGCAAGAUGUGGCUAAUGUGGAAGAUAAAGAUAUUUCGGUGAUUCAAGACCCCAGCUUCCGUAAAUUGAAAUCAACUAUAAACAUGCAACUCGCUUUGAAAAAGUAUAACACGUACAGAGCUGAUUGCUUUGACGAGGAAACCCGCUUGAAACGAUGCGCGGAGGACUUGAAAUGCAAAUUACAGGAACUCAACGAAGUGAUCGUCAACGAUGUAAAAAACCACUUGAAUGCUGCAGUUGAGAAUACUAUUGCUAGCAUAAGAUAUUUCAGGGUACAGUCCGAUGGGCCGAGAAUUAAGAAAAUUAGCGAGAAGAAUCUCCUCGUUCCAAGAUACUUCACUGAUUAUGGAGCACCCAAAUCUUUAGCGGAAAGGGAGAAUAUAAUGUAUUCGGACAAUGGAUGUUAUUUAAUGGCGCACAAUGGUUGGGUGAUGAAUGGCGAUCCUCUGAAGAAUUUCGCUGACUCUGACUCGAAUGUUUACAUCCGGAGAGAACUCAUCGCCUGGGGAGAUAGUGUAAAGCUCAGAUACGGAGAAAAACCGGAAGAUUGUCCUUUCUUAUGGCGACACAUGACAACUUAUGUAGAACAGACAGCACAGAUAUUUGACGGUAUUCGGUUAGACAACUGCCAUUCCACGCCGAUCCCCGUUGCUGAGUAUAUGCUUGACGCCGCACGACGAAUCCGUCCGAAUCUUUACGUUGUCGCGGAAUUGUUCACCAACUCUGAUCAGAAAGACAACAUUUUUGUAAAUCGUCUUGGCAUUACUUCUUUGAUUAGAGAAGCUAUGUCAGCGUGGGAUAGUCAUGAAGAAGGCAGACUAGUUUAUCGAUACGGAGGAGAGCCGGUGGGAGCGUUUCUGCAGCCGCGGAAACGGCCAUUAGUACCGAACAUCGCUCAUGCUUUAUUCCUGGACGUAACUCACGACAAUCCUAGCCCGGUGGAGAAGCGCAGCACUUUCGAUUUACUGCCAAGUGCGGCACUUGUGUCAAUGGCAUGCUGUGCCAGCGGCAGCAGUCGCGGUUACGACGAAUUAGUUCCCCAUCAUAUACACGUAGUCGAUGAGAAGAGACAGUAUACUUCGUGGACCGAUAACGACGAUUUAGCGAACAACAUUAAGUACAUUAAUUCGAAGACCGGUAUAAUCGCAGCUAAAAAUGCGCUCAACGACUUGCAUUACACGCUUGGCAAGCAAAACUUUUCGCAGGUAUUUGUCGAUCAGAUAGACAGUGACACGGUGGCUGUAACGAGACACUCGCCGACCACCCACGAGAGUGUAGUUCUCGUCGCGUUUACGGCUUUCAAGCAUCCCGAUUCUAGUACCCACGAUCUGAGGAGACACGUGAAACCUUUGAGAGUAGAGGGAAUAGUGGAGGAAAUCAUUUUGGAAGCGUCGCUUUCGCAUGUCGACGCCAGAAAUGGCAAAUCACCUUUUCAUUUGCCCGAAAAAUACGUGAAGGAUCCGCACUUUAUCAACGGAUUGUCCGAAUACGUGUUGACUUUAAAGCAGCACGUACAGUGUUGCGACUCUACGAUGGUCGAGAAGGUCGAUUCCGGCGACCCUAAGAUUACUCAGCUCAACUUCGUGAACUUCCAGCCUGGCUCUGUCAUUGCUAUACGAGUGGCCCUACACGCAAAUAUAAAACCCGCUCUGACAGAUCUUCAAAAUACCAUCGCGCGAAUCACGAAUGAAGCGUCAGACUUACGUGAUAUUAUAUCCCGCAUGGAUUUCGCGGAUCUGAACAAAGCUCUGUACAGGUGCGAUCAAGAAGAGCGAGGCGAAACGAUGAACCGAUUUGGAGUAUACGAUGUGCCAGGAUACGGGCCGUUUGUGUACGCUGGACUACAAGGUGUUGUAUCCUUACUGGCCGACAUUCGCCCAAAUAAUGAUCUGGGACAUCCUUUGUGCGACAAUCUUAGACAAGACAACUGGUUGAUAGACUACUUGUGGCAACGUUUGAAAGAGGAUAAUGGCACGAAACCUCUUGGAGUGUGGCUUCAGAAAACAAUGGAACCGUUUAAGUUAAUCCCGAGAUAUUUAGUGCCAAGUUACUUCGACGUCAUAAUCGUGAACGUCUAUAUUAACCUCAUAGAUCACUGCUACAAUUUGAUGUCGAGUUUUGUGAAGAACGGGACCACGUUUGUUAAAUUAUUGAGUCUGAUCUCGGUACAGAUGUGUGGUAUAGUGAAGUCAUCGCUGUUACCGGACUUAUCGCCUAGUCUCACUCCACCUACGCCGAAAAUGGAAAAUUACGAUGGACAAAAUAAGCAAAUCUGCUUAACGAUGUCAGCGGGCCUGCCGCACUUCACGACGGGUUACAUGAGAAAUUGGGGUAGGGACACCUUCAUCGCUUUGAGAGGACUGUUGCUUUUAACCGGCAGGCAUACAGAGGCGAGAUUCACCAUUCUUGGCUAUGCUGGGACUCUGCGACAUGGUCUGAUACCUAAUCUACUCGAUAAAGGAAACAAUGCUAGAUACAAUUGUCGUGAUGCUCUGUGGUGGUGGCUCUACACCAUAAAAUGUUACGUCGAAGAGGUUCCGGACGGUGUAAAAAUUCUGUCCGAUAAAGUCUCAAGAUUGUUCCCGACCGACGACUCACCAGCCUUGCCUGCGGGACAAGUGGACCAACUGUUGCACGAGGUAAUUCAGGAAGCUUUGACGAUACAUUUCCAAGGUCUUUGCUUCAGAGAGAGAAACGCCGGGAGACAGAUUGACGAGCACAUGAGCGAUCGUGGGUUCAACAAUCAGAUUGGCGUUCAUCCCGAGACAGGUUUCGUUUUCGGCGGUAACGAUGCCAAUUGCGGGACCUGGAUGGACAAGAUGGGUUCCUCUGAGAAGGCUGGUAACAAGGGGAAACCGGCCACACCCAGGGACGGCUCCGCCGUAGAGAUAGUUGGGCUGAGCAAGUGCAUCCUCAGCUUCCUGGCCGAAUUGUACAAGCAAAAUCUUUUCCCGUACGGUAGCGUUCAGCGUAAGAGUCGCGAUGGCAAAGUAACAACUUGGAGUUACAAGGAGUGGGCCGACAGAAUUGCCGCGAACUUCGAGAAGUGCUUCUACGUGAAUGAGAUUCCGACGAAGGGCGAGUUGAGACCUGAUCUGAUUCACCGACGGGGCAUAAUCAAAGACAGUUACGGAGCUACGCAGGAAUGGGCUGAUUUUCAGCUGCGGCCGAAUUUCCCUGUCGCUAUGGUUGUUGCUCCGGAAUUGUUCAAUCCUCAUCAUGCAUGGAAUGCGUUGAAGAAAGCGGAGGAGAUAUUAUUGGGUCCUUUGGGCAUGAAAACGUUAGAUCCUGCAGAUUGGGCUUACAAUGGUUACUAUGACAAUUCCAACGACAGUACUGACACAAAAGUGGCGCACGGAUGGAACUAUCAUCAGGGACCUGAAUGGGUUUGGCCGAUGGGGUAUUUUCUGCGAGCGCGUCUGCACUUCGCAUCAUUGAUCGGCGGCGAGGAGGAGUUGCGUCGCGUGAUCGGAUCGACUGAAGCUAUCGUCUCACGACACUUCGUCGAAGCGUCCACCAAUCAUUGGAGAGGCCUUCCUGAGCUCACUAACAAAGACGGCAGCUAUUGCAAGCACAGUUGUCGCACUCAAGCGUGGAGCGCCUCGUCCAUACUUGAGGUACUCCACGAUCUGCAGAAGAUCAAGCGGGAAUUGCGUUCGGAGCGCUUACACGUAGAACAAUCGAAACUAGAAGAAGCAAGACGUAGUGGCAGGAGCGACGCGAACAACAUAGCGACACCGCGCACGGAGACACACGCACACCGUAUCCCGCACGUAGACAUAACGAACGCACCGGUCGAUGAACACGACGCAGCCGGCGAUUUCACGGCCGGGAGAAGCGAUACUUCGACUGAAAAUCGCUUGAUCUGCGCAACGUCGAUCAACGAAAAGAACGACGACACGAGUCUCGGCGGUCUUUCAUGUUUCGUCGACGACCCGACGGAUUGGUACUCGUCAGACGCAGAGAUUCACGCUCGGUCGACGUUCAAGACGGAACGCAUCGAUCGUGAGCGCGAGGUAGGAUGCGCCAAGGACCAACCACGAAAGGAUCGACGACGCUCCGGGACGGCGCACGGCGACGCCAGGGACGAAGCUGCGAGCACUCACGCCUUCACGAACGCUGACCACGUCUACGAGGAAGUCGGCACGACCAGGGAGCCGGCGUACGGUUCGUGCGACAUCCAGGCUCGCCAGGAUACGGGACACAGUCCUGUCGCAGCGAAGACCUCGACGAUAGAUACGCCCCUCCCGCCUCCGUGGCGGGAAAUCUACGGGGAAUGCGCGGGAACGCGAAGUCCGGUGUACACCGACCGGUUGGUGUACGCGGGAGAACCGCUGCUUGCCGUGGAGGUGGUGCUGUGCCAGCGCGACGACGUCAGCUGCUUCAGGUACCGCGCCGCCGGCCGUACUCGACAGGAAGAAUCCGACCCGAGCCUCCGUUCGCGGCACCGAGACUUGGACCGCAUGCUGGUCUACAGCUGCGUCAAGACCAACGCCGCAGGCAUACUUUACUCCCACCGUCGGCCACGAGACGUCUUCGACCUCAAGUCGCUACUGAAGCCGAGCAUUCGCGUCGUCGGGCGCAAUACGAGCAACCCGGUGAACACCCAGCUGUACCAUCGCUUCGUGAACAAUCCUCACGCGAGGAUGCCGGGAGCCGCGCCGCCCAUGGCGUUCCAUCGUGGCAACAUGGCGGGCCGCGCGAAACGCGUCUUCGAGGUUCCACCGAACGACGACCGGUGGCGCCGCUCGAGGGACGACGAUGACGACGAACGUCGGCGGGACAGGUCGAGCCUGCUGCUGCUGGAGCCGUUGCUGCUGAGGCCGGAACUGGCGGGAAUCCGGGAUGACAGGAAGAAGAACCCCGUUCUACGAUCGGAACGCGUGAAGAUCGUCAGAAUACUGAUCGCUUACGUAUCGUCGUUCUUUGUUCUCACAAGCAUCACGUUUUACGUAGUUUACUUUACUUAGCCGAACGGCCGCUCGUCGGGCGAAAUCGUCAUGGAGAGACGACGUCUAGGUAAUUUGAAUCGCAUCGCAUGACACGAUGUUGUUGUUGUUAUUAUUAUACGUAGUACAUUUAUUGUCAUUAAUUUCACAUUACAUUUUGUCUCGAGAUGUUCGCAAGGUGUCCCGCAGAACCAUUGACAUCGCAGUCUUUUACGUCUCGUCAGAGACACGCGCAUGCUUCCGACGACGCGAUUCAUUAAUGACAAACAAAUGUUUCGUAGUAUACAAAUUAUAACUAGCUUAAAGAUUAGGUCUAUACAUACACAUACACACACGUAUGUGUGUGUGUGUGUGUGUGUAUAUAUAUAUGUUUAUUGCACCAAACAGAACCAUUCUCGUGUCGAAACUGUCUUCCGUCAGCCAUUCGUCAGAAUCAGAUCACACGUACGACUUCUGUGUGUGUUACGAAUGUUAAAAAGCUCGCAUAUAUACAUAUAUAUAUAUAUAUAUAUAUAUAAUUCCCACCCACUUAUAUAAUUCACAUUAUUAUAAAUAUACUCCGUAGAUGCCUUAAGAUCUAGAGAAUGGUGUAGUCGUUUCAAAUGAUUUCGUCGAAUUUGGAGAUGUUACUCAAGAACUCUGUCUGUGUGAUUUUACAAAAGUCAAAUUUAACAUUUAUAUUAUUCCCGUUGUUCAUCAGCGUCUAGUAAUUGCUAUCAUGUGUAUUAAUUGCACCCGCAAUACAGUGAAUUAUACGGGAAUUGGUUUUAAUGAUGUUUAAUUUAUAUGAGAUGUUUAUCAAUAUGAUAUAUAUUUAUACAGGAUUUAAUAAAAAAAAAAAUACAACCGAAGUGCAAUUCUUACAGUAAAAUUGAGUUCUACGCGAAUUCUUUAAUGUUCUCAAAUGAUAUGUCUUUACAUACACCCAAGAAUGAUUCAACACGCGUCUCGAGAAGAAAAAAAAAAGAGACAAAGUAUCGAGAUAUUUCUUCGAAAUUCUCUUAGGUAGAGAUAAAUCUUGUAGACCGAAAGUCGCGCAGCUACGUAUCAUAGUACAUCAUAAAUGUAUGAGAAAUAUACAAUAAAGAAGGGGUAACGAAAUUCUCACUCGCAGGAAAAAUCUCAUUAUACCAUAUGUAUCAAGAAGCCUUCGUGAUAAAUGCCGAUGUUCAAAGUUUUAAAUUAUCCGCGCGUAUAUUUACAGUUACAUUAAUGUUUAUUAUACUGUGUAGUUAUAUGUUAAGUUGCUUUUAUUAAAUUUUUCUAUCAUCA